CCCGCAGCGAUAUGCGUAAAUUCAAGCACGGUGGAGCGUAUGUGGCACUCUUCUUCGCUCUAUUGCGAUUCACUUGCAACGCUAACCCGAGAGACAGCGACUUUAUUCGCGACUAUUUCGUGAAAAAGGCAGUGCGAAAUGUUGUGGGAUUCUCUUGCGGAGAUUUCACGAGUGAUUUUUAUUUCAUGAAAUCGUUAAGCAGAGCCGGUAUAUUCACGAUCAUCCGGAAACACGAUACGAAUAUCAAUUUACGACGAUUCUUGAGCACUGACGCGUGGGGCUUGGGGGUCGUCGUGGAUCUGCGUUGUCGCAACGAAAGCGCCGUGGACAUCUUCGCCGAGACUUCAAAGUACCGCAUGUACGAUUACUCGUAUCACUGGCUGGUUCUGGGAUCAAAGCUAAACAGCAGCGUGCCGCUUUUGAACGACAGCGCUUACAGCAUGACGACCGACUUCGUGCUCGCGAUAAUAAACGGCAGCGGUUACGAUCUUUACGACGUUUACAAUCAUUGCAAGUACCGCGGCGGUACGUUGAACGUGACGGAGCUGGGCCGGUGGCGACGGGGAGAAGGUCUUACUAUCACCCUGACUCAACCCCUGGUCGAGAGGAGGGCCAACAUGCACGGCAUGACGUUGAAGAUAUCAGGCGUGAUACAGUACAGGCCGAAGAACAUGCGGUUGGAGGACUACAUGGUCGACAUUAACACCAGAUCUUUGGACAGCAUGCAUAAGUUCAUGUACGCGAUGAUAUCUCACACCGCCGAUCUCUUCAAUUUUAGUGUACACGCUUCGGAGAUAAUUUACUGGGAUCGUCACAGCGUGCACGGCUUGAUAUUCGAGAUAUUGCAAACAAAUUACAUCGACUUCGGCAGUAAUCCCAGGAUUAUGGUAUCCGAGAGAUUGGAAUAUGCCAGCUUGAUCGGCGCGGCGUGGCCGAUACGACCCUGCUUCAUGCUGCUGUCCACCCCGUCGAACAACAUCAAGCUGGAGAUUUUUUUCAAGCCGUUUGCGGUUCACACCUGGUACCUUCAAGCCGUGUUCAUCGUAUUUUUCAUGUUCGUAAUGAGAAUAAUAAUGAGACGCGAGGAGGCGACCAGAGAAGAGGAAUAUUCCAGCGCCGUGGUCGUUACUAUCGGCAUUACCGCUCAGCAAGGUACAAAUUUCUUUCCCGAGCGUAUCACGGGCCGUAUCGCUCUUCUGCAGAUCCUCGUGUUCAACUGGAUCAUGUACAAUUAUUACUCGGGCAGCAUAGUGUCGGCUCGUUUGAGCGAACCGCUCGACAUGAUGGAGGACGACGUGACGGUUCUCGCGGACAGCAAUCUGAAAAUCGCGGCGGAGGCUGUGCCGUAUCUGAACUACUUUCUAUACAAACUCAGCUCGGAAUCGAAUUACUUUAGGAAGAAGCGCUGGGAUCCGCUGCCGGAGUCGAAGCGGUACAUGCCGAUAGAGGAAGGCAUGAAGCAGGUGAGCGAGGGUAUUCUGGCCUAUCACACGGAUCCGAACACGGCGUAUCCCUACAUCGAAAGGACAUUCGAACCGAGCAAGAUCUGCGCAUUGACGGAGAUCCAUCUGUUCAAGCAAUCCGUCAUGGGCAUGUACGCCAGUCGCAACCGUCAAUUCACCGAGAUGGCGAAAAUCGGGCUGUCCAAGAUGUUCAAUACCGGGUUGCGCGAUCGGCAGAUAAAGUACUGGUCGAGCAGAAAGCCUCAGUGCACGCUCGACACGCUGUCCACGAGAAGCAUAUCCGUAUACGAGACCGCCCCGGCUUUGAUUCUGCUGGCCUUCGGCGUGCUCGUCGGAUCCCUGAUAUGCGUCGUCGAGAAUGUCAUCUACUAUCGAUUCACGAGAGAGGCAACGCCGACGAGACGAUUGAGCAGCGACGGCGGCAGCGGCGGCGAGCCUAUUUACGCGGAGGCGACGGCCGGCACGAGCAAACACAAUUUACCCGAGUGAAACCGCCUCGCCGCC